UUUCUGACCCUUUUCCAGCAAAUUGUGGCUACAAAUGUGCCCCCCGAAGAUCAGGAUGGCUCUGGGGACGACUCUGACAACUUCUCUGGCUCCGGUGCAGGUGCUCUGCAAGAUUUCACCCUCUCACAGAAGUCCCCCUCCACCUGGAAGGACAUGGGGCUCCUGACAGCAAUGCCCACGGCUCCAGAGUCCACCGGCACUGAUAUCAUCUCUGCCGCCACCUCCGUCCUGCCAGUUGGAGCGGGAGACCAGGAGCAAGAGGGAGACACAGUGUUCUUGGUCAACGUGGGAUCUGGCUUUACCAGACUGGAAAAGACCACCUACCCACCCGGUGAGACCACGCCACACCCAACCACCCACCGGGUGUCAACUACCAGAGCCACCACUGCCCAGGCACCUGUCACCUCCCAUCCCCUCAGAGACAUGCAGCCUGACCACCAUAAGACCUCAGCUCCCGAAGGACCUGGCCAGCCCGACCCUCACACUGUCACCAUGGAGGAAAAAGGCCUUUUUGCCACCGAGAGAGCUGCUGAGUUUGGAGCUAUCACCCAGUUCCCAGCAGGAGAGGGCUCUGGGGAGCAGGACUUCACCUUUGACAUGUCUGGGGAGUUCACAGCUGGGCCUCCUGUGAAACAAGACCAGCUGGAGGAACCCUUAUUGGGUUCCAGCGGUUCCGGCGCCUCCGGGGCCUCACAGGGCCUCCUGGACAGGAAGGAGGUGCUGGGAGGGGUCAUUGCUGGAGGCCUGGUGGGGCUCAUCUUGGCCGUGUGCCUGGUGGGCUUCAUGCUGUAUCGGAUGAAGAAGAAAGACGAGGGCAGCUACUCCCUGGAGGAGCCGAAACAAGCCAACGGAGGGGCCUACCAGAAGCCCAGCAAGCAGGAGGAGUUCUACGCCUGACGGAGCGGUCCUCCCCCGCCACUCGCUAGGCCCCCACUUGCCUCUUCCAUGAAGAACUGCAGGCCUGCCUCCCCUGGCACCUUGCCACCUCCCUGAUGCUCCCAGCCCCUCUGGCCCAUGCCCCACAGAGUCCUGGGGCGCGCUGGGGGCUCCCCUCUUUUUCUCUGACUUCUGCCUGGAGCCUGGGGUGCGAGGGCUUUCUGCAUCUGACCUCCCCACUGCGGCCGGCCCCUGGCAUCUUGCCACUCUGACUCGGUCUCUCCAACCCCGGAACAGCUCUGGAGACAGAGGGGACCCCAACUGCUGUGGACCUGGGUGGCCCGCUGGGGCUGAGGGCUCACACGCCCGUAGCACUUACUGGUAGAGAUGGGCAGCCUCGGGGGCAUCGCUGGCUGAGUGGCGAGGGAGAGGAGUUCAGGGCUCCAUCCGAGUUCACUUUGUUCUGUGGGGAGGUCUGACUUAGAUACCAACUUGUUUUUGCACAUGUUUCCUCUAGUUUCUUUGUUCAUAGCCCAGUAGACGUUAUUAUUUUUGAGGUAAGUUAAGUUGAUUUCGUUAAUAUCCCAUCUUGCUUCCCUAAUCUACCGCCAGGAUGCAGCGUCAGGGUUAAGAAGACCUUUUUUUUUUUUUUUUUUUUUUUUUUUUUUUUUU